AUGACCACGGAGUGGGAGCGCAUCGCGGCGGCCAAGCAGCGCAAGCUGGCGGCGGCGAUUCCGGCCGAAUGGCGCAUCCCCGACGACCUGCUGCCAACGGGCCCCAACGUGCUGUCGUUCCCGCAGCAGUCCGGCUGGUUCACGGCGCACGAGCUGGCCAUCACGAACGCCGGCGCGUGUGAGAUCCUGGCGCAGACGCGCUCGGGCGCGUGGACGGCGGAGGAGGUGACGCGGGCGUUCUGCAAGCGCGCGGCGGCCGCGCACCAACUGACAAACUGCCUGUCGGAGAUUCUCUUCGAUGACGCGGUGCGCACGGCGCAGGCGCUGGACGCGCAGCUGGCGGAAACGGGGACGCCGCGCGGGCCGCUGCACGGGCUGCCGGUGUCGCUGAAGGACAACUUCCACAUCGCGGGCACGGACGCGACGCUGGGCUUCACGGCGCUGGUGGACCGGCCGUCGGCGUGCAACAGCAUCCUGACAGACGUGCUGCGCGCGGCGGGCGCGGUGCUGUUCGUCAAGACCAACGUGCCGACGGCCAUGAUGAUCGCCGAGACGGUCAACCACGUGACGGGGCGCACGUGCAGCCCGCGUGACCGGCGGCUGGCGGCGGGCGGCAGCUCGGGCGGCGAGGCGGCGCUACUGGCGUGUGGCGGCAGCGCGCUGGGCGUGGGCACCGACAUCGGCGGGUCGCUGCGCAUCCCCGCGGCGCUGACGGGCGGGCUGUUCGCGCUGCGCCCGUCGGUCGGCCGCUUCCCCAACAGCGCCACGCAGUCGGCGCUGGCCGGCCAGGAGUCGGUGCUGAGCGUCAACGGCCCGCUGGCGCCGUCGCUGGACGCGCUGGAGCUGUUUGCCGCCGCCGUGGUGGGCUCGCAGCCGUGGCGCGCCGACCCCAAGUGCGUGCCGCUGCCGUGGCGCCCCGUGCCCGCCCAGCAGCGCCUGCGCGUCGGCGUGCUGUGGCAUGACGGCCUGGUGCGGCCCACGCCGCCCGUCGCGCGCGCGCUGGCCGAGACCGUCGACGCCCUCAAGCGCGCUGGCCACGACGUCGUCGACUGGGCGCCCGACGGCCACGACGACGCUGUCGAGCUGCUGGACCGUUUCUUCCUGGCCGACGGCGGCCAGUCCGUGCAGGCGCUGCUGGCGCGCACCGGCGAGCCCAUGCGCCCCGAGAUGGCUCGCUAUGCCACCGCCGCCGACCCGGGCGUGUACGCGCUGUGGCAGCUGCACGCCCGCCGCAACGCCCUGCAGCUGGCCUACCUCGCGCGCUGGAACGCCGCCGGGCUCGACGCCCUCUUGUGCCCCGUGUGCCCGUUCGCCGCCGUGCCGCACGGCAAGUUCCGCCACGUCGGCUACACCGGCGUCUUCAACGUGCUCGACUACGCGUGCCUGGCCUUCCCCUGCGCCGCCACCGCCGACCAGGCCCGCGAUGUCCCCGAUACCCGCCCACCGCUCUCCGACCUCGACCGUCUCGUCCAGCUCGAGUACGACCCCGCCGCCGUGCACGCCAUGCCCGUCAGCCUGCAGCUCGUCGCCCGCCGUCUCGACGAGGAGCGCCUGCUUAUGAUCGCCCGCCGCGUCCUGGACGCCCUGUAG